AUGGCAAUAAAAAACGAAAAUGAUGGUAAAAUGAUGUUUACUGUCAUAUUUAUUGCUUCCUCCUUACUGAUUUCCACCCAUUGUUUUACUGCGCUGAAACAUAAUUCUCUUGGUGAUAUUCUUAAUGAUGAUACAAUCAAUUUGAAAGAUUCAUCUGGUGGAGCAGGAAUAAAACUUCCAGCGAAACCGGUUUUUCUGAAGAAGCAUGGCAUUGAAGGCCUUAAUUAUAAUCUAGACAAUAAAUCUCGCCCAUUCAUUUACUGUGAUUUUUAUGAUGUUAGUUCGUGUGAUCCAAUGGAACGGAGUUGUCCGACUGUGAAAAUGUGUUAUGCUUCUGUAAACGAUCAUCGCUUAGGUUGCAUGGCUGCUUUGGUAAAUAACUCGUUAACACGGCAGGUAACUUUGAAAGGGUGUUGGAUGCAUGAUGGUAAUUUGGGUAACUGCGACAAUAGCCAAUGUAUUGCUGACGAACGACCGACUGGACAUGGUAACGCUGCAUUGUUCUGUUGUUGCAGCACUCACUAUUGUAAUCGACGUGUGCAAUUUCCUCCACAACGCGUAGCCACUUCACCACCAACUACUGUAGAGCCAAUGGAAAUAGAAGAUCCAGCAUUCUUUGGUGCAGGAAGCAGAAUGUUUGCUAUUAUCAUUCUUGGUUUUUUUUCUAUUUGUGCUCUGGCUUUAUUUUGCUACUACAGUUAUCGAGAAUACAGAAACAGUCGACAUUAUAAAGAGAAGGCUGCCGAUGCAUUUUCAAUGCCCAUCGUUGGUGAUGCGAAACUGCCUUUGAUUGGAGCCAGAAAAGAUGAUAACCUAAAAAAUAUUACUAAUCUUGAGUUGGUGGCUCGCGGUCGAUUUGGUCAAGUAUUUCGUGGUGUGCUAGAGAAUGAAACUGUUGCAGUAAAAGUUUUUCCAUCUGUUGAUGUGAAUAGUUGGAUCGUUGAACAGGAAAUUUACGCUAUAUCUUCUCUUCGAAGACAUAAAAAUAUAUUGCGGUAUUUGGGUGCGGAGGUUCAUGGAAAUGAUUUCUGGCUGAUUACAGAAUUCCACGAUAACGGUUCACUGUUCGACUUUCUUCAUUUUCGCAUUUUGACCCUACAAGAAUCGUUGAAAGUAAUAGCUUCAAUGUUGAGAGGGUUGUCUUUCCUACAUGAAGAAAAAAUGAUCGAUGGCGAGCUAAAACCUUGUGUUGUGCACCGGCAAGUUUAUCUUCAUUUGCAUGUUACCAUUAUAAAUUGUCAAAUUUGUUUUUUAGAUUUUAAAUCGCGAAAUGUACUUUUGAAGUUUGACUUAACUUCGGUAAUCGCUGAUUUUGGUCUAGCGUUAAAGUGUGAAAACGGUCAAAUGCCAUCAGAUGAGAAUCAUGGACAAGUAGGAACGCGACGUUACAUGUCACCGGAAGUAUUAGAAGGUGCUACCGAAUUUACAGCGUUUGCUUUUCGUCAGAUCGAUGUGUAUGCUGCUGCUCUCGUUUUAUGGGAAAUUUUAUCGCGAACAUCAAUGGAUAAAGAUGACAUAGUUGGAGAAUAUGAACGACCGUAUGAAGCAGAAGCUGGAGUGCAGCCAACAUUGCAUGAUAUGAGACGAGUUGUUGCUGUGGAGAAAAAACGACCAAGUAUUCGUGCUGCAGUCAUGGAACAUAACAUUGGUGGUGUUUUAUGGAAGACUGCUGAAGAUAUGUGGGAUAUGGAACCGGAUGGUCGUAUCACUUCUGGCUGUGCAUACGAACGUGCCAAUACAUUAUUCAUGUCUUAUGCCACUAAUCUAAAAUUUGAGAGUUCCCUACAACCAAAAAAUUUGCAAAAUGUUCCAGUACCCGCAUAUACACAAGAUUGUGGAGUAGCACCUGCAGCACUACUUAUCAAAGAUGGUUCAUUGGGUUCUAAUGGCUUCCAUGCUUCAAUGGACGAAUAUGCACAAGCUUGUUCUGCACCUCCAAAUGUUCGAUACCUUCCAACUCUCGAUACAGAAAAAGUAAUUCAAGAUAAUAUAACUCCCUUAUCAAAUCAAGCUCCUACGCAUAGCACUUUACCGCUAUCAUGA